GGGACGGGGGAUUCCUGCUGAGGAGGCUGGCGGCUGGUGGGCUCGCUGACUACAGGCAAGUGCUAACAACAACAAGAGCGAGCCUGCGCCUUUAUUUCCCAAAGUUUGCAGCCGGAGGACGAGAGAGCAAGCGGCAGGGCUGCAGCAGCCAGGGGGAAAUGCCUCUGAAGUAGCUUCCUCCAAAGGCUGGGCUGCGGCAGUGCCUCUGAAGCCAAAUCUGGCCACAUUCUUGCACUGGAAUUAGGGGGAGUGGAUCAAGCGGAUCUCUUCGGGGAUUUGCCAUUCCUGCUCCCGUUGCGGGCCGUGGAAGGACCCCCUCCUCCCCUCUCGGUCUGGGAUUAUUAGCGCUCAUUCUGGGUUUCUUAUUUUACCCUCUCUCUGAAGCUGCGUUGUGUACUGGCUCCCUGUACAGCUGGGCGCCCGCCGCCGCGCAGCGCCUUCCGCUAAUCUGCGCGGCCACCCUCUGCUUGCUGGUUCUGCACAGCUGGGCGCCCGCCCCAGCUGUUUCCUCACCUCUGCAGGCCAGCGGCCGGCCCCGGCCUCCGGAGAGCCGCGGCAGUUCUGCUCCGCACAGCUGUAUGCCCGCCGCAGUUUCCGCACAUCUGGAUUCGCUGGAAUCUUGGGCCUUCCAUGCGCUGCUGGUGCUCCCCUCUAUGUUUUACGUGGGCUUGUUCUUCGUCAAUGUGCUGAUUCUCUACUAUGCCUUCCUGAUGGAGUAUAUUGUCCUCAAUGUAGGGAUCGUGUUCCUGCCCGAAGACAUGGACCAGGCUCUGGUGGAUUUGGGGGUGCUGUCAGACCCUGGCUCGGUGCUCUAUGACACGGACAGCGAGCUGGAUGUGUUUGAUGGGUAUUUGGAAUAACAAGCAAAAAGCGUGCAGAAAGUGACUAGGGAAUAACCCCCUCCCCCCCUCCGCAAGAAUUGGAGGGUUUGUGUUGCCCUUGGUGGCCAUGGCUAAGGGAUCACCAGAGCCCUGUGCUGUCCUUGCAUCUGAUUUCCCUCAGCGCGGCAUCCUAUGUUCAAAAUGGCCCCACCGGUGCAAGUGUCAGUGGGGGCUGCUGCUGCCUCUGGCUGAGGUGCCCAGGAUCUGCUGCUGCUCAUGGGAUGGGAACUGGAGGCUGCGGCGGAGGCCCUGGUGGGGAGCAGGGGACAGACAGAGAGGGCACUGCCGGGCUCCAAAGCGCUGAAAGUCAUUUCUUCCAGCUUGGGGUUUGCAAAACCUGUCUGAAUGCACUACGGGGCAUAAAGGAAGAAAAGGCAACAAGCUUGCUGUUGCUCCUGCAGAAACCCCUCUGCUACUCAGAGCAUCACCUAUGGGAAUUCUGUAUAAGACAGUGCUGCUGACCUUACCAUCUUACCAUGCUGUGAAACAAAACCACGCAUGAAUGAAGCUGAAGGGUGAUUUCCUAGGAGGGAUGACACACGGAAUUCUGAGCUCUACCUGGAUCUUGAGUUACCCUGGGAAAGCCAUAGGUGUAGGGAGCCAGUCCUCCUGCCUUGGCCCAGAAGCAUGUGACACUGAAAACUCAGCAAGGGUUAUAUCAGGAAUUAGAAGGAAUACAGUGCCGGAUACAAAAUAAAGACACCUAUUUCCUCUGCAUUGUUAUGAUCUGGGAGUAACAGCAACUUCCAAGACAGAAUUAGCAAAAAGAGCAUGACUUUUUUUUUUUUUUUAAUAUUGGUGUUAUGCUUUAGCAGCUGAACCAUUAUUUGCCUGAUGGUGUUUUUGUAGUGAGUAGGAUGACUGCAUUUAUAAGAUCUAGACAAGAUUUGCCCCCUUUUGUUUUCCAUCGCUAAAGUUUAAGUUCAAAUUACAUUUGAAGGAUAGAUUAUUUUUUGAACAACUGAAUAGAGAUGCAAGACUUGAAUAUGCUGGUCAAUUGUAUCAUUCACACACCAUUUAAUAUCUGCCACUAUAAAUUACUAACUUGGUCUAUCAGCCUAUAGCUAUAUUUGAAACAUUCAUUAGGCAGCCCUCUUGUGCGCUUUGGUAGCCUAACUGCACGGGCUCAAAUAAAUUGUGCUGUUAUGUCUAGGCCAACCCACUGGAGUUGCACAAGAGUAAAAAAGAAGAGUUCACUCCAUAUAUGGCAUGAUAAAAAAAAUCCCUGUAUUCUCUAUAGUGCAGCCAAAAAAUUCAGUUCAGCCUGGAAAAUAUCACUAAACAGAUAAAUAUUGACUAAUUAAACUCUUUAUUAAAACUUAUUCCAUCUGUUCUUUGUCCUUGGUUUAAGUAGCAAGGUUAUAAAGAGUGUUUGAUGACUGUAAUAGGACUUCAUAGAUCUCUUCAGUAAGGCUACGAUUUUGUCAUGUAGGUUGUGGAAGUCACGGAUUCCAUGACUUCAGCCCUGGAGCACCGCGAGCAGUGGGG